GCCCGUAUAUAUUGAUUUAUACAAAAGGAAAUGUACAUUCAUUUUCCUCUUCAAUAGUAUCUUUGAUUUCGUUGUUUUGAUAUUUGCUCUCUGGGAAAUAAGAAAUGGUAUAUACAAGUUACAGGUUAACUGACGCAUUCUAUGUCAGAUACUGAUGAAUGCAACAGUCCCAUAAGUCCAUGCCACAAGACAUGCACAGACACAGAUGGUAACUUUACAUGCUCUUGUCAACCUGGAUACAUCAUUGACAGCAUUGACACAACAAGAUGCAGACCAAAGUACUUACCUGCUAAUACAACUGCAAUCGACAACAUUGGUCUAAUAACUACCCCAAAUUACCCACAUAGCUAUGGAUAUGACUAUACUUGUUUUUGGACAAUACCUUCUAAGCCUCAAAUGCUGACAACAAUCAGUUUUAUAGAUUUUUACUUGGAAAGGGUUAAAUCCUGCACCGCUGAUAGUCUUAAAAUUUUCAACGGGACGUUAACAAGUGAUCCAAUUCUUCAAGUUUACUGUGGCCAACUUAAACCUGACCCCAUCACCUCUUACAGCAACCUGCAUUUGGUAUUUCGUACUGAUGAUUCUAAUGUUUACCGAGGUUUUAAAUUAAUCUACACUUACGAAAAAGAUGAGUGCAGUAAUCCCAGAAGUCCCUGUCACAAGACAUGUACAAACACAAAUGGCAUGUACACUUGUAAUUGCCAAUCUGGAUAUUUAUUGGAUGGAUCAGAAUGUAAAGCAAACUACUUGCCUAUGAAUGCAGCUGCAUCCGACAACACUGGACUUAUUCUUACACCUAACUAUCCGCAAUGGUAUCCAUAUAAUGUUAGUUAUUUUUGGAGUUUACCGCCUCGAUCACAAAUGAUUACAUCUAUCCGUUUCUUAGAUUUUGAUUUAAACUAUGAUGACAACUGCGAAUAUGAUUAUCUUAAAGUCUAUAAUGGAACGUCAGCCAAUGAUCCUCUGAUAGAUGUUUACUGUGGUGUGGGUACCCCUAGUCCAAUCAGCUCUACUAACGGUCUGUUUUUGGUAUUUGGAUCUUAUGCCGGACCUACUAGACUCGGAUUCAAAAUAGCUUACACCUACGAAUCUAUGCCGACACAAGAAUAGUUUGUUUGGGACGUUUGGAUGAGUAUUUUCACACAAAAGUUCAACAGUUUUUUAGUUUAGCACAAUCGGGUUUUAGGCCCACAUACUUUGUUUCUACGGUUUCUAAUUAUUGAUGCGGGAUAUUGUGUAUGGAAAUAUUUUGUUUUAAGUCAGCAGAUAGAACUAUUUAUUCUUUAAUUUCAGUUUUUAAAUAACAAAAAAAAACAACUGGUAGAGUUCAAACGUUUUUAUACAUCUAUCUUAUUUACGAUGUAUGUAAAAUUCCUAUAUUUCCUUUCUAUUUUGUCAGGUUUAAGCCAGUUUACUGUCCAAGAGUAGUACACAUAGCAUUAAACUGGUCUUGAAUAUUUCCUAUGCAGCAGUAAAUAGCGGUCUGACAAGCAUAUAUUAGACAGUUUACUAUGAGAACACUUGAUGAAAAAAUGUAUAUUAAUGUAUUUGUGUCUAUUAGUAAAACGCAUUUCUCUCAGAAUAUUAUUUUAUCUACAAAACAAUUUGUGAUACUAAAAAAAUUCUCAAACUGUAUUGCAUUACAGUAAGUGAUUGAAUUAAGCAUAACUAUUUGUUUUUCGCUUAGCGUUUACUUGCAGUUUUUUCUUUAGAAAUUUCAUUAUUAAGAAAUACUGUAAGCUUACAUAUUAUAAGGUCGGGAAAAUUGUGUUUAAUUAUUCAGUUUUUAUUUAUGUUUUUAUAAUUUUGAUGUUUAAAGUUAGUUUGAAUACUGUUGUAAUACAUAUUUUACUUAUCAUCUUGAAGUUUAAAUUAAAUAUAUAUAUUGGCAUAUUAAAACCUUUCUGGGAUGUCUAUUCUGACAUGUGUGGCAUACU